AAUUUGUGGUUUAUAUGUUGUUAUUUUGCCCAUAUCAGCUUUAUGAGUUUCCGCCCUAUUUGCACUAGUAACUUGGUUGGCCAUUUGUUGUUCCUUGUCUUUGUUUAUACCUGCAUGGUUUUUGGCCCUUUGCCUCUCUGUGCGCUACAGUUCUGGAAAUGAACCUGGAGCUCGAGUACUUGGAUGCUCUCCCUCUCCAGUCAUUACACAGAGAAACUCCCAGUCACAUUUACAGUACAAAUAAGGUCCAACAGUGUCAUUCACUGUGGUACUGCUGCAGUACUCACUCUGUAUUUGAAUUUAAGCACUGCAGAGAGGAACAGGGUGACAAGCGGCUACAGCCUGUUUCUGUAGCUGUUUGUUAAAAAUUUACAGAACAGUAUUCAAGAAAAUAACUAGAUCUUACACAUGUUUAAACUAAAGAUAUGUGUAUAGUACUUGGCAUGCUGGAAAAACUGAUGGCAUACUGACAUUCCUCCAGUGCUCUGCCACGUAUCACAUUGACCAUGGUGCUGAUCCCAGUGCACACAGGGACAGGAUGUCAGGCCCUCACACUCAAACACUAAGGAUAAUUUAGAGUCUUAAAAAAUCAUUACUAUCAGCUUAUCAAUAUUUACACCAAUUUGUUUCAUGAUUCGGGCGCAAUGCAAAAAAAGUUACAUAACAUUCAUUCUACUUCUUAUGUGAAUUUUACAUAUUAACUGCUAGUAUGAAAAACCACUAGUGGGUAAUAUUACAUUACAUCUCUAUACAAACUGUCCUUAACAUCUGUAUAUGUAUAAAAAAAACAAAGAGUGCUGGAGGAAUGUACAUUUGUAUCAGCUUCAUGUGCUGCAUGGCCAGUGCGGUACAAGCACCUCUAGAGUGACAUCAAAUGAACAGCAACUUUUUAUACCCAACAGUGAAAGUACAAGGCUGGCUUAUGCUUCUGGUCAGUGUCAGAAUCAGAAUUCAAUACUUUGCUUCUUCAUUGCAGGUGUUUGUGUUGCUGCUGAUCUGCCAGUAAAUGGCAGAGUGGGAGGGACAGUGGAGCUGCCUUCAGUCCUGGGGAGCCUGAAAGUGGAAGAUUUUCAGCUUCUGAGUUGGACAUUUAAUGGAAGGGACAUUGCUGAAAUGCUCAGCGGUCGCACAGAAGCAAAUUUUCAUGCUCAGUUCAAAAGACGACUCAAGCUGAGCCCUGAUUUCAGUCUAACUGUGAGGGAGCUGAGACUGGGGGACAGUGGGGAGUAUCAGCGUGUAGGAAGGAAGAAAGAUGGUCUACAGAUUCCUCCACAUAAAAUCCAGCUGCACGUUUAUGUAGAGACCCCCAUAACAUCAGUGUGGAUACAGUCAGAAUACACCUGGGACCCAGAGAACCACACCUGCGCUGUGCGUUUGGUCUGCAACUCAUCAGGAGGCCUGAGACCCUCUUACACCUGGAGGAUGAGGGAUCAGACAAAGAGCAGCUCCAGGCUGCAUUUCUUUCUUCCACCAGGAGAGGGCAAUGUCACCAUGACCUGCACUGCUGUCAAUGCUGCUAGUCAGAUGUCCAGUAAUCAUACAGUGAGGUGCAUCCCCACUAGUGAUCAAACCACAGUUGGCUUCUCACUGUAUCUGCUGAAGAUGGCAGUGUUCUCUGUGGGUCUGGUCAUCAUGGUGUCCGCUGUCAUCACUGUCCACCUCAGGGAGAGAUUCCACAGGCAAAGAGAGCAUGUCGAAGGGGCAGAGACAGAAGGAACUGCACCACCAGGUGGCAGACUGUAGGCGUCCUGGAUCCAUGUAUCCCUGUAUUCCUGUACACAGCAGCCUGUUUACCCCCAGCUUACACACCAUGGUAACAAUACUUAUACUGGAAGGUCACUGUAAAUUGAAAAUAUUAAUUCAUAUCACAUCUCAGUGUCAUUUACUAGUUGGGUCAGUGGGUCCUAAAGAUCAGUCCCCUUUGGAUUCUCCUUAACCAGCUUGUAUGAGGAGGGUCUGAUACAAAGUAAAUUUUAGCAUGACAGUUAUGAGAUGCAUAUCUUAAAAUAACAUAUUUUUACCAGCCUGCGAACACUUUACAGCUAAAAUCGACACUGUUUCUCCACAUUUACAUUCCACAGUGUUUUAUAAUGUUUUCUACUUGAUCGUGUUUGUAAUGAGGACUCUUACUUUUGUGAGUAGAACAGCAAUCGAAUUAAAGGUGCAUGUAUGUCAGUGUCGACACAGUUUGUCACUCUGCUCACCCUGAGCCUCACUGACCACAUUCACUGAUGAUCAGGAAAACGAUCCUGCAUGCAGAGGUCAGCGCUUUGGUGUCUACAGCAAUGUGCAGCGGGAGGCUGUGAGGGCAGCUCUAAGGUGGAACUGCUGGCUUUUGUGAAAUAAAGCUUUGUUUGCACAACUACAAUGGAUUUAUUUUUUUCUGCUCCAUCUUGCUCUCCUUCUAAAAUAUACAGACAUAUAGGUGAGAGUGGCGAAUGGGGUCAGAGUGCAAAGUAGGAUAUUUAUCCUCUGGGUCAUUCCUCGGUAUCAAGGGCCCAAGGCUGAUGUGACUAUUCUCCUGACCAAAGGAUUUGAACUGGCAACCUUCUGAUCACGGGCACAAAGACCAGUCCUGCUG